AUUUUGGCCCUUCGCUGCGGAUCUUUUGUGGAUAACAGUACUUCUCUCCUCUUUUUUCCCUCUCCUAUAUACCCAUCAACUCCACCCCAAAAUAUCUUUCUCCCCUCUUGUGCAUUUUUUAAUUUAUUUUCUUCCUCUCCUUCUUCUCUUCUCCAUCUUCUCCUCCCAUAGAGCUCGUCUUCUUCUGACUAAAAAGGAAGACGGUGAAAAGAGACAUGAAACUCGACCGCUGCUGCCAUCACCACCACGUCCCUUGUUUGCAUUGCCAUCCGCAUGGCUACAUUAGAAUGGUCCAGCACUUGAUUGAGAGGUGCCUACUCCUCCACAUGACUCAAGAUGAUUGCGUCAAGGCUCUCGCAGAGCGUGCAGGCAUCCUACCCAUCGUCACCCUUACAGUGUGGAAAGAGCUGCUGAAAGAGAACAGAGGUUUCUUCCAAGCCUACUCUCAGUACGCCACUCCAAGGCCUUUCACUUAUUUUGAAGACGAGUUUGCUAAUAUGGGACUUCAUUCUUUUCAGAUAAAUAUCCGCAAAGCGUGUCAAAAUUUGACAGAAGGAAAAACUGAAGGAGGGCAAGGAAAGAAUGAUCCAGCACUUGCUUCUCAAGGAGUCAAGAACAUAGCAAUCAUGCUAUAAAAAAGACAACGUUGGGAAAUAGGGAUCCAUUUCAUCCUACAUGUGCUCGCAUGUAUACAGGUUUAUAUGUGCUUUCUGUUGGAAGUCGUGCUCGAAAAAUAUAAGCUGCCUUGAUAUAUAAAAAGAUAAGGUUAGAGAAGUAUAUUGUUAAGUGCACAUCUGUGCACAUUUUUAGCACUCUUUUGUAUCUAAUUUUCUGAAGUUCUCCUACAUAUAACUCUUAAAAAGAUGUAUUUCUUUA